UUCUCGCGAGAAGUCUGUAUUGUCUCCCUUCGCCGCCUUCAGCAUUGGGAGUCGCCCUGGCUCUCGCGAUAUUUCUGGGCAAACGGGAACCCGAGCGACCCGGGCUUCUGUGAAACAUGGCGAUCGGCAGGGACCGAAAUACAAGCAUGACUAUAUGAAAGGAGAAGGUUUUCCUGAAGAUGAGGCGACUGAAUCGAAAAAAAACCUUAAAUUUGGUGAAAGAGUUGGAUGCCUUUCCAAAGGUUCCUGAGAGCUAUGUAGAGACUUCAGCCAGUGGGGGGACAGUUUCUUUAAUAGCAUUCACCACUAUGGCUUUAUUAACCAUAAUGGAAUUUUCAGUAUAUCAGGAUACAUGGAUGAAGUAUGAAUAUGAAGUAGACAAGGAUUUUUCUAGCAAAUUGAGAAUCAAUAUAGAUAUUACUGUUGCCAUGAAGUGUCAGUAUAUUGGAGCAGAUGUAUUGGAUUUAGCAGAAACAAUGGUUGCAUCUGCAGAUGGUCUAGUUUAUGAACCAGUAAUGUUUGAUCUUUCUCCACAGCAAAAAGAGUGGCAGAGGAUGCUGCAGCUGAUUCAGAGUAGACUACAAGAAGAACAUUCACUUCAAGAUGUGCUAUUUAAAAGUGCUAUUAAAAGUCCAAUUCCCCUUCCAUCAAGGGAAGAUGAUUUAUCACAGCCUCCCAAUGCUUGCAGAAUUCAUGGUCAUCUAUAUGUCAAUAAAGUAGCGGGGAAUUUUCACAUAACUGUGGGCAAGGCAAUUCCACAUCCCCGAGGUCAUGCACAUUUGGCAGCACUUGUCAAUCAUGACUCAUACAACUUUUCUCACAGAAUAGACCAUUUGUCAUUUGGAGAGCUUGUUCCAGGAAUUAUUAAUCCUUUAGAUGGAACUGAAAAAAUUGCUAUUGAUUACAACCAGAUGUUCCAGUAUUUUAUUACAGUUGUGCCAACAAAGCUGCAUACAUACAAAAUUUCAGCAGACACCCAUCAGUUUUCUGUGACAGAAAGGGAACGUGUCAUUAACCAUGCUGCAGGCAGCCAUGGAUUCUCUGGGAUAUUUAUGAAAUAUGAUCUCAGUUCUCUUAUGGUGACAGUUACUGAAGAACAUAUGCCAUUCUGGCAGUUUUUUGUAAGACUCUGUGGUAUCAUUGGAGGAAUCUUUUCAACAACAGGCAUGUUACAUGGAAUUGGAAAAUUUAUAGUUGAAAUAAUUUGCUGUCGUUUUAGACUUGGAUCCUAUAAACCCGUCAAUUCUGUUCCCUUUGAAGAUGGCCACACAGACAACCACUUACCUCUUUUAGAAAACAGUACACAUUAGCACCUCCUAGGUGAAGGAGAAAAACUUUUUGCCUGAGACAUCAAACCUUUUUUAAUAAUAAAAUAUUGUGCAAUAUAUUCAAAAGGAAAAAAAAAAAAAAAAGAAUGAAAAGCAGGAAUCAUACCUAGAAAAAAAAGAGAAAAAACUGAAAUCCUAUAUAUGUUGUGUCUGUUACAAAUGUCUUAGAAGAAAUUAUGCAGCUAAUCAGUGAAUUAGUCCAACUGGAAUAUUGCUUCGAAAAAUGACCCCUUCUGAUAUUUUCACAGCAAAUGGGCAUUGUCGAAAUCGGACCUUGAAGAGCCUGAAGGAAAGAGGUCAAACCACAUCUAAAGAAAAAGGCAUUAAUAGUGCUAAUGUCUACGUCCUUUUGUUUUUAAAAUAUGAUAUCAGAAUAAAACAUGGAAAAUUAGUUUAAACUUUAAAAA